AUGCAUAGACGUCGCAGGUUACGUAGAGUGGCAAUGCCCGACAGUCAGGCACUGUCUCUUUUGGGGAGGGAUCUUCGUGAGGCGCAUCUGCAGGUGCUUCUAGGGUGUGGUAGCUAUCGGUCAAAAAGUGCUACUUCAUCAAAUGCAGUUACAGAUCCACUACUUUCAUCUCUUUUUCUGAACUUCCCUGCAUCUGAAGCAGAAGAAAUAUCAAAAUCUGUGGUAUCUAGUAUUGAGGGCACUGCUACAAAGAGUAUGGCAUCACAACCAAUAUGGAAAUCAAGUUUUGAUCCAUCGUUAAGUGAUGAAGAACGGGAAAAGAGAAUGAGACAGGCUACCGGAAGAGCUGUUUUUGUCCAAGAUGUGCUUGUCUCAACACUGUUAGCCGACUAGUGGGAGCAGUAAGUUGUUUGCGAUUUGCAAAAUAAAGAUAACAUCAAUAUUCAGUAAAAUUCUGAUGAGGGGCAUUUCUGGUUGAGCUCUUAGUGAUUUAUUGUUGAACAACCACCCCAUUAAUGCCUCAUGUUGAUGUUUUACUGAAGCAGCAGUAGUAAGUGCUUAAUUGUAAGAUCGAUCUCUUCGGCUCCUCUGGACACUGCUACCUAUAUGGAAGAGAAGAGGAUCUUCUGGUUUAUGACAAAUCCACUUUAGAAAUGGUUGUGAAAUUAAUACUAAACCCUUUGAGAGCAAAAAGCUAGCAAUGGAUGGAGUCUUGUGCUCAGUUUGUAAUAGAAAUGCUUUUGUUUGGGGUAGUAACAGCAGAGACAACACUGAUUAACUCUUGCUGAGCCUGUAUUAUAUGUAGAAUGCAGAAUUUAAAGUGAUUGCAUAACUUUUCUUUCAUUUCAUUUUUUCUGGUACUUC